UUGGUGGUUUCUAAUAGUGUUAGAUUAAUAUACAUGUAAACUUCGUAGUAGUUUCAGUGACUCUGAUAAACACGAAAUACUAAUAACUUUCUCUGUAAGUUAUGGAUCAAUUCCUCGCAGUUUUCUUUUGUGAGAAUAACGAGCCAACUACAAGAGACUUUCCUUGAAAACUUUGAUGCAAAGAAAAUCAAAAGUAAAGACUCAAAAACAAAAACAAAAAUCAAAAUCUCGUUGCAUAUAUAUAAAUAAGACCUCCCAUAUCUUACUAGCAAAUCUAACAAUGGAUAGAUACCAACACGUCUAUGUGAUGCGUCACGGACACCGACUCGACAACUUCGACCCAGAUUGGGCAGCAAAGGCUGCCAGACCUUGGGAUCCUCCUCUCUUUAAAGACGGCAUGGUUCGAGCGUUUCAAACCGGUCAAAGGAUCGGAAGUCAAACCGGGUAUCCCAUUCACCGCAUCUUCGUCUCUCCUUUCCUCAGAUGUAUUCAGACAGCUUCCCAGGUGGUGGCAGCUCUCUCCUCCCUCCCCAACGCCAUGUCUUCCAUUAAUAAAACAAAGCUCAAGGUUGCUAUUGAAUACGGCUUGUGUGAGAUGAUGAACUCGGUGGCUAUAUGGUCUGUGGUUUCUCCUAAAGAUGGAAAAUUUGUCUUCAAUAUCUCGGAUCUUGAAUCUAUGUUUCCUGAAGGAAUGGUGGAUCAUAAUGUGGAUCCUAUUUAUAAAGAGGUACCAAAAUGGGAGGAGUCCCCCGAAAAAUGCAGAGAAAGAUAUGUUAAAGUUGUAAAGACUCUUGCCGAUAAGUAUCCUACAGAGAACUUGAUCUUAAUCACCCACGGGGAAGGAUUGGUAACAACAUUUUCGACCUUCUAUAAAGAUACAACCGUCCUUGAAGUAGACUAUUGUGCUUAUGUUGAAUUAAGAAGAGAGGUCUCAAGUAAAGAUGGGUCUGUUGUUGAAACUGGGGAGUAUGAGGUUGCUCAAUCUGGAAUCAGGUUUAGUCAUGAUCCUGUCACUAUCCCAACACCGUUUUAGCCAAUGUUCAUCAGUUCCUCUGUUUCUGUACUUUAAUUUGUAUUUUUUUUUAACAUUUAUUACUUCUAUUUGUUGCCCACAAAAAAAAAUUACUUCUAUUUGUAUUUGAAUUGCUUUUGUAUGAACUAUGAAUCAUGGCUCAAUGUUAUCAUUCAAUUUAAUAAGGUUUGACA